CCAACACAAAACCCCGAAAACAAAGCUUAAAUCUUGCUCUCUUUCUUACUUGUAGUCUGACACACUGCCUUCGACGGCGGGAGGGGUGGACUUGGGUAUCGAAGAUCCGAGCUCAAAUCUGAGCUUCUGGGUUCUUCACUGCAGCAAUGGAGUCUCUUCCAGAUGCUAUUCUUCAAUUCAUCAUGUCCCAUAUCAAUAAUGCCCGAGAUGUAGCAGCCUGCAGUUGUGUUUCCAAGAGAUGGAAGGACUCGCUGCCUUAUAUCAAAACCCUUUACUUCCCUCGCAAUUCAUUCGAUAACAAUUCUGGUGGGGAAACACCUGACAACAUUGUAAGGAGAAUGAUAUCACAAAUUGUGCAAUUGGAAGAGCUAGUUGUGUAUAGCCCUUUCUCUUGUGCUGGUCUUGCGUCCUGGCUAUCACUUGUAGGUCUAUCUCUUCGCCAGCUGGAGCUCCGAAUGGACAAUAUUCUUGACACUCAGGCUUUGAAUGAGAACCCAUCAAAGUUGGACUGUGUGGGUGCAGCAAGGAAUUUGGAAUCUCUAAAACUAUGGGGUGUGUUAAUGGUCAAUUCCCCAAAAUGGGAUGUCUUCCAAAACCUCAAGAACCUUGAAAUAAUUGGUGCUAGGUUGGAGGAUCCUGUGCUGAGUGUGGUGCUUCGGUCAUGUCCCUAUCUAACUAGGUUGUUACUGCUUGGAUGUGAAGGAGUUAGAUCAGUCUCAAUUGAUUUGCCUUAUCUAGAGGAAUGUAAAAUGGAUUUUUAUGGUUUGGGGAACAUUUCUCUUAGUCUAAAAUCCCCAAAGAUCGAAUCCCUUGAGGUACAAGGCUGUAGUUGGAUCCGGGUACCUGAAACCAAUCAUUUGAGGAAUCUUUCAAUUUCUAACAAUGCAGGAAGAGUAUACAUGGUUGAUUUUGGAAAACUCACGGCUCUAGAGUCUUUGACUAUGAGAGGGGUCCAGUGGUGCUGGGAUGCCAUAUGCAAAAUGCUGAAACUGUCAAGUGAAGUGAAGCAUCUCUACAUGAAGGUUGAAUUCACUGGUGAUUUUGAGGCUCUUCAACCGUUCCCAGAGAUUGAUUUUGUUGACUUCUUCAACAGCCAUCCCAAACUGCACAAAUUCGACAUUCAUGGAGCCAUGUUUGCAGCUCUUUGUCAGAAAAACAGUCUGAAACAUGUAAUUUCCGAAAGCAUUUUGAUGUCAGAUUUCAUUUUUAUCUCUAUUGCAAG